AUGCUGUCGCUUUACUCGAGCGAGUUCGUUCGCCGAAGUACCUGGACAUGCCUAUCAUGCUCCGCCCUUUCCAGAACAUCCCAAACCCUGAUAGCAAGCCCACCAAAUCGAUUACCAGCACACGACCACCAGCGCAAACACUCAUCCUCGAAGACCCCAAGUGCGCCCAAAGAUGAGACCCGGGCCAUCACUACUCCCUCUGAAGCCCCCAGCAAAGAUGCUAAAGCCGCGGUCAAGGAAGGCACAGAGAAACGCCCCAACACCCGUAUCAGCAAACGGAAGUCGAAAGACAGCAUCCAAGACACGGCGGGGAAGAGCAGUAAUGAGUUGACAUUCAAUCUGCCAAGUGUGCCCACGACGAACCACUUGCAUGCCGUUGAUGUUCACAUGUCAAACUUCUUCUCAUUACACAGGCCCAUAUCCGUCACAAUGCCUAUACCGCCAGAGUCUUCUGCUGCUGCCUUUUCUUCGAUCUUUGACCCAAAACCGAUCCCGAAGCACAAACCGACCAAUGUUAUCUACACCCUCUCAUCCGCCGUCAAUACACUCGAGAAUGCUGCCUCGAGCACCCAGAACCAGAACUCCCAGCCAAUGACAAAAGAAGAAGUCGAUCUCCGUGCUGCUGUCACUCAGGCCUCACACUCCAACGCUCACCCCUCUCCUCACCAUCUCGACUUACCAGCUAAAACCUUUCACCUUAACCUGCAAGAGCUUGUCAAGAACUUCCGGCCCUACAUGAGACCACUACCCCCCCGUUCCGAUGGACUCUGCUCUCCCCCGAAGGAGCCCCACGGAAGACUUCUGAGCAAGCCGAACUCCAAUCCGAAAAACACGUACCGUAGCGGCCGUAAGUCCUACGAGUCGCACACCACCCCUAUCGUCGAAGGCCCGAGCUCUUCUGCAGGAGAAAGGGAGAAAGAGGUAUAUUUGCCACCUGCACCUCGCGGCCAGCCAUUCCUGGGACGGAUGCGGGAAAGGCAGUUACAGUACAUGGAUAGGUUAGGUGAUGGCGAAAUAUGGCAGGUGAUCAGCGUGAAGAGGCAACGGAAGUUGAAGAUGAAGAAGCAUAAAUAUAAGAAAUUAAUGAAGAGGACGAAGAAUCUGAGGAGGAGGUUGGAUAGGACAUGA